AAUUUGUUCUUUUCCAACCUAUCUAUUUUAUUCAUUCAUCUCCGUAAUCUUUCCUUUUUCUUCUAAUUCCAUUCUCCCGAACCUUCUAGAACUAUCACCAUAAAAAACCGUUCUCUAUUGGUAGCUAUAGAUUCUUCCCCAUGGCUCCGUCGGCGGAACACAACACCAAUUCCUCCACUCCCACGCCAUUUCUCACCAAAACAUACCAUCUCGUUGAUGACCGCGCCAUCAACGACGUGAUUUCAUGGAACGAUACUGGAACUUCCUUCAUCGUUUGGAAUCCUACCGUUUUCGCUAGAGAUUUGCUUCCCAAAUAUUUCAAACAUAACAAUUUCUCCAGCUUCGUUCGCCAACUCAACACUUAUGGAUUUAAAAAAGUUGCACCUGAUCGGUGGGAAUUCUCUAACGAAUGUUUCCGAAGAGGUCAGAAACGUCUUCUCUCUGAUAUUCAGAGACGGAAAAUCGUUUCAGCAUCGCCGGCGGUGGCUUCAAAUGCAACGACAGCUGUUCCGACGGCGAAGACGAUUGUGUCACCGUCAAUCUCAGGGGAUGAGCAGGUUAUUUCUUCGAAUUCUUCGCCGUCGAUUGCGCCGGCGGAGAUUUUGGAUGAGAACCAGAGGCUGAGAAAAGAGAAUAUGCAGUUAACGAAGGAAAUAGAGGACAUAAAAUCGCUCUACAACAAUAUAUUCAAUCUUUUGUCAAAUUAUGUCAAAUCUCAAGGAAAAGAGUGUUGUUCGACGCUUCAUUUGUUACCGGAUAAUCGGUGCGACGGAGAAGAUGCAGCUACGAUGGCAGUGGAGGAAAUAAACCCGAAACUGUUUGGGGUGACGCUAGGUACGAAACGAGGGAGAGAAGAAGGACGGUGUAUUGAGGAUAAUACGGUGUUGAGCCUGCAUCAACCAGUUCAUGCGGAUAUGAAAGCAGGACCAUUGGAUUCAAUUAAUAGUGGAAAGAGGAAAAAAUUGUGGCUAAAUCGGUGCUAUAGAGAGAAUCAGAGUGUAUGUAAUUGACACGUGUGACUUUAGACGGAUUAGGAACACUUUAGAUUAACUUAGGGUCCGUUUAGAGACAAUAUGAGUCCUUAAGCACGGAGACGCACGUUUAUCUUUAGGGGUGAUCGCGGUGCGGUUU